AUGAUUAAAACAAUCAAAAAUCUAUUUAAUUUCUUCUUAGAAGAUUAAGAGUUUUCUUUAUUAAGUGGUGUUAUUGAUAUAAUAGUAGUAAAAUGGCCCGAUGAUUCUUUAAGAUCAUCUGCUUUUCAUGUUAGAUUUGGCACUUUAAAAGUAUUAGAUACUGAGAACGUAAUAAUAAACAUAAAUGUAAAUGAUGUCCGUAUUUCACAGGCUUAAAUGUACCUAUUGCCUGAAGGAGCUGGUUAUUUUUUAGAAAAAAAUGAAGACACAAAUACCUUAGUUAAAAAAUUAAGACCCUCUAAUUCCCUUUUAAAUUUAUUUAAUUUAAGAAAAGGAUACAAUAAAAUAGAAUUUAUUAUAAACACUGAACUUUAAGGAGAGCAUGUAAUUGAAGGGAAAAUCUAUUUAUUUAACUAUGAAGCAAAAUUGGUUAUUUCUGAUGUAGAUGGUACUAUUACUAAAUCAGACAUAAAAGGUCAUAUAAAUUAUAUGUUGGGAAAAUAAUGGACUCAUGAUGAUAUUGCAUAAUUAUAUACUUAAAUUUAAAAAAAUGGAUAUAAAAUAGUAUAUUUAUCAUCAAGACCGAUAACUUUGUAUAAUUAUACAUAAAAAUAUUUAAAAAAUAUUCAAUAAAAUGGAUAUAAAAUGCCAGAUGGACCUACUCUUUUGUCUCCUGAUUUACUUUUAAAUUCAGUUAAUAGGGAAGUUAUAUUAAAAAAAGCGGAUGAGUUUAAAGGGGCUUUAUUGAAGGACAUCUAAGGACUUUUUCCUAUUGGAACUAAUCCAAUUUUUGCUGGAUUUGGGAAUAGGGAUACAGAUGCCAUUGCAUGCUUAUAUGCAGGAAUUUAAGUGGAGAAUAUUUAUAUUAUUAAUGAAAAAGGAGAAAUUGAGAAUAUUGGAAAAAGAUAGAUAUUUAGUUAUAAAAAAAUUUAUUUAAAUUAAUAAGAACUAUUUCCAGUAAUAAGAAAAGUAAAAAUUCAUUGA